AUGGUUCUUCAUAAUAAUAAAUGGAAAAACAAAGCCAGUAAAAAGUAUUAUGAAAAGCAUAAUCUAUCUUUAAAUACUAAUUCUCAGCAAAUUCCGGUUACUAAAGAAACAGCUGCUUCUUCUGAAGUAGAAGACGAUAAUUUCGAUGAAUUACCAUCUAAUACAUGGAGGUAUGAAGAAGCACCGGCUCUAGUAAAUGAAGAAUCUUUACUUGAUUAUGUAAAGAUGCCAGCAAAAGCAUUUGCACUGGCUGAACCUGAUAUUAUAUUACCUCAAAAUGAAUUAUUGAAGGAUCGUCCUGAAAAAGGAAAAAUUUUUUAUCAAAACCCAGAAAGCAUAGCUUAUUUACGUCAUCAAGCAGAAAAUGAAGCAACUUUAAGGGAAAUAAAAAGGAAAUAUAAUUCUAGGGUUAAAGCACGCGCAAUUAAAGGACUUAAUCUAGAUAUAGAAAAACCAGAAUACAAUAUUGAUGAUAUUGAUGAACUUUUAGAAAAAACAAACAUUAUAGAACAAACAAUAGAUAAUACAAUUUCUCAACAAAAAUGUAUACAUUUGAAAACGAUAGAAAACAAAGAAUUAGAAGAAUUUCUGGAUAGACUUUUAGAAUAA